UUUCGCUGGACGUAGACGAACCACUUGAAGGAAAAUGGGCUUCCAAUUAAUUUACAAGAGCACAUUUUUUAUAUUCGUGCUGACCAGGAUCAGAAUGGGUGAUCUGGCCGCCCCUACCAACGAGUCUUGCGUAGGGAAUGGGGAUCCCCCAGUGCUUCCAGGAACUGUCGAUCCUGACGACUACACGUACUUUUAUCAAUGCUUCUGGUUUCCUGAUUCCAAUUGCAAUUGUGAAUAUUGGUACCUUGCUCAACUCCAAUGUGGACCAGGAGGUUACUUCGAUGAGUCAGCACAAUCUUGCAUGUUAAUUAAAGGUGUUCCUACCAACGAAACUUGCAUAGGGACUGGGGAUCCUAAUGUGCUACCAGGUUUUGUGGAUCCAAACGACAACACUUACUUUUAUCAAUGCUACUGGUUUACUGAUAACUCCUGCUCAUGCCAAUAUUGGUACCUUGCUCAGCUUCAAUGUCAACCAGGAGGUUACUUCAAUGAAUCAACACAAUCUUGCCUCUUAAUUAAAGGGGCCAUUGGACUAACGGAUUUGCUGUAACUUUGAAAACACGGGCGAAAGUGAUCCAUAAACUUGACGCAAAUGCAGCGAUGCAAGGAUAAACAUUGGCAUUAUCAUUCACUAAAUCAAAUUACUCUUAUGUACAGAUGUUAGUAUCAAAUUUCAACAGUAUUCAUUAUGCAUGUUCCUUCGUUUAAUUUUUCCAUAUGUAGUCACAUGAAAUACAUUUAGUGAAUAAAAAUUAUGCACAUAUGUGUGCACGUAUAUUACAUAUAUGUGCAUA